GUCAAAAAGUUUCAAGGACAAAUAAGUUUAAAUGGACUCCUAAUCGUAAUUAAAAAAAUAUAAAUAAUUAUUUUUUCUUUUUGAUAAUGAAAGUUGUUUACCUUUGAGUUCGAUAAGGCGUGCCGAAAUCUAAAUAACAACUACAAUUGGUAUUCUAAUUAAAAUAUGAUUAUGUCAAAGCCUAGACUGCUUCUGGAACAAAGGACCUUACAAGCUGUAUCAUACCUAGUAAAACAUAGUGCAGCCAUGUCAACAACAGCUACGAAAAAAUUGUUUGAAAACCAUUUAAAAUUGCCCUCACUUCCAGUGCCGACAUUAAAUCAGACUAUCGAUAAGUAUGUUAAGACUGUAACACCAUUUUUAAAUGAAACUGAAUUGACCAAUACUAAGAGAUUGUUGACAGAGUUUGGUUCUGAUAAUGGUAUCGGAAAGAAACUGCAACAUCUUCUGGUUGAGAGGGCUAAAUCUCAUGAAAAUUGGUUGGAAGAAUGGUGGUUGAAUACCUCCUACUUGGAAUACCGAGAUCCUGUUGUUGUUUUCUCCAGCCCAGGUCUGGUGUUUCCCUUCGAAGAUUUCAAUAAUGAAGAUGAUAGAUUGAAAUAUACUGCAAAUCUAAUACUCGCUGCUGUUGAGUAUUAUUUAAACAUAUGGAAUGAUCAAUUGCCGCUGGAUAAAAUGGGCAAGGAACCGUUGGACAUGAACCAGUACAAAAAGAUUUUUGGGACCUGUCGGAUACCAAGACCAAAAAGAGAUGCUUUACAAUUCAGUAUACACUCGAAACAUAUAGUCGUAGUAAAAAAUAACAAUUUUUUCAAACUUGAUGUGUUAAACAGCAACGGAGAACUUCCAAGUGAAAGUGAACUGAUAGACCAGCUUAACAUCAUCGUUGAAAACUCCAAAACAACCGGUACACCCGUUGGUAUUUUGACCAGCGAUAAUAGAGAUGAGUGGAGUGCGGCUUAUGAAGAACUUCUGAAAGAUCCCAUCAACGAAGAAUCUGUCGACCAAAUUCAGAGGUCGUUGUUUUUGGUAGCGCUUGAUAAUCCGAUGCCCGAACAUAACGACAGUCGCAGAUCAAUGGCUAGUAAACAAUUCAUCCAUGGUGGCGGUAGCAGAGCUAAUUCUGCCAAUCGUUGGUUCGACAAAACUGUACAGUUCGUAAUUGGAGAAGACGGCACCGUUGGUCUAACUUACGAGCACUCUCCAAGCGAAGGUCAACCCAUCGCAGUCAUGACAGACUUUUUAAUCGAUUACAUAAAUAAUAACCGUUCAAAAAAUCUGCUUGAUACAAAAAGGGACACAGAGCCUGUACAACUGAAGUUUAACGUCAACGAUGCUCUACAAGGACACAUCCAACGGGCAAAAGUCAAUGUCGAUAAACUGGCAGAUAAUUUGGAUAUGGAUUCAUUUCAGUUUUCGUCGUUUGGAAAGGAGUUUGUCAAGUCACAGAAGCUUAGUCCUGACAGUUUCAUUCAAAUUGCCAUGCAGUAUGCUUUUUACAGAAUCCAUAAGACUCCAGGAGCACAUUACGAAUCAGCAGCUACUAGAAAAUACAUCCACGGCAGAACAGAAACGAUCAGAUCCUGUUCCAUAGAGUCCAUAGCAUUCGCUAAAGCCAUGUUGGAUAGCAGCAAGUCUUUGAACGAGAAAGUAGCAGCUCUAAAAGACGCCAUUUCCUCGCACAAGAAGUAUUCUAUAGAAGCAGUAAAUGGUUUUGGCGUAGAUCGUCACCUCCUGGGUCUGAAACUGAUAGCUCUCGAAAACGGCAUCGAACUACCAGAAAUCUACAAAGACAAAGCGUACAGUCUCAGUAGUCGAAUGCGUUUGUCCACCAGCCAAGUCGCCACCAAAUGCGACGGCUUUAUGGUUUACGCGCCCCUCACAGACGAUGGAUACGGAUGCUGCUACAAUCCGAGACCAGACGACAUUAAUUUUGGCCUUUCAGCCUUCAAAAACAACAAGGAAACGUCGGCUAGAAGAUACAGGGAGGCUCUAACCGAGAGCCUGCAGGAUAUGCACCAUAUACUAGCCAAAACACAAAAGGCGAAAUUGUAGUGGUACUUACUUGUUCAGAUAUAUUUCGAGUACUAUAUUGGCAAUGUGCUUAACAGUACUAAAGAAACCUUUCUGACAUGUUGUGCUUUUCAACUCAGUUAAUGAGUAAAUGCUUGUGGGUCUGAUUGGCGCCAAUCGUUUAUUCGCUGGGAGCGGUAACUAUGAUUAUAUGUCACGUGUAAUUUGGAUUCGUGAUUUGGAGGACGAUCUUAUGUGUAUGCUUUAUAUGAUUUACAAAAACAACAGAUUAUUUAAAGUUUUACUAUUAAUUUUGUGUUAAUGUAACAAUACAUUACUAUUCGCCAUGUGCAAGUACUUGGAGGGGAUACGAGAAACGAUCGUGCGCGAAUAGCGGAGAAAUCUUACAACUUUUUUAAAUAAUUCAUUUGUCAAUUGAAAUUGUCAAAUUGACGUAUAUUUCAUAUCUAUUGUCAAUGAAGAAGAAAAAUUUAUGUUGCUCCACAAUAUUGAUAUGAUAUGCAAUUAUUAUAUAAAAGUAAAUUUAAUUAAUUGUAUUUUGAUUGUAGUAGUGCAUUUAAUAAUUAAUUUUAUUUACUACAUACAAUUGUUUACCUUUUAAUAACAUAACCUUAAUAUUACUUUUUCUUAUAAUUUUUUUGGGCUAUGGCCAUGACAAUUGUCCAGUAACCAGGACCAAUAUGAUUGGCCAAUAUAAUUAAAAGUGCGAAAAAAGUUGCCGAGCUAUGAAACCAGGUGUCGCUUUUCCGAACUUGCACGGUCCCAAUAGAUUUUCAACAGUGUUGGCGAUAAGCUGCAUUCCUGUCCCUUAUUCACAAUGAAGCUAUUGGAUAACUGUUGUUGAUUGAUUGGGUGUUGUUAUAGAAUUUUUGCACUGCUUUUAUUAAAGUUAUAUUAAUUAGAGUAUUUCCAGGACUUGUCAUAAUUUACACAGUGAUACUGUGGUCUGUGUCAUAAUUUACAAAGACGAUCUUGUGUAUGGUUUAUAUGUGACUUACAAAAACAAGUGAUUAUUUGAAGUUUUCCUAUUAAUUUUGUGCUAAUGUAUCAAUACAUUAUUAGUUUGCUAUAGACACCCUAUAUGGUAGAAAAUGUUUUGAUAUAAUACAUAAAUAUAGGUUAAAUAUGAAAGACACAGAGAUAUUUUAAGGUGAACUUGUAUGAUUGAGGUAUUUGACAUUCGACGUAGGCUGAACAUAAUAUGUCAGUGUUGCCAUAUCGUCAAUUAUUUCAUACUCUCACAUCUAAAAUUCAAAAUCGGGCAAUUUAUUAUAUUAUAUUUACUGUUAUAAUGUACGUAAGACCGUCCUCCAAUUUGUAAAAUUUGCGCCACCAUGUGAAGCACUAUCGAAAUAUCAUAUCCCCUCUGUCAACCCUUCCAGCGAAUGCUGAAGCCAUCGAAAAAGUUCGUAAUUAAAGUAGGUUGUGGAAUUUACAUUUAAAUGACGAUGGUUAACAUUUCAUAUGGACAUUUUUGCAAAUUGUUAGUGGCAGUAUGUGACAUUUGUGUCAUUAUCGUUGUUAGUAUUCAAAGUUUUAUUAAAAGUGGUAAAUAAAUAAGUUAGGUUAUGUGUAGCUUAUUCUAUGCAAGUGGUUAAGGUCCAAAGCUCUGUUAUUUUUAUUCCACAGGCCACAGACUAUAUUAGUUUCGAUGGCUUUAUCCCAGGCAACCAAAUAACGUUUAUAAAAAGUUGAAAAGACGUCAUAAUUAUUACCAAACCACGUCAGUUUAUCACGUUUUUUCGACGUCGAAAGUCACGUGAAUUUGCCCCACCACAAUUCACGUCAUUUUUAUCAUGUUUUACCUACGUGAUAUCAAUAACGUAGUUUUUAUGUCGUUUUUUAGAUUGUUUUUCAUUUUAUGGGUUUAAAAAUACACAAUUAUUCGUAUGGGCAUUGUUGGUAUUGCAAUUUUUCAUUUAACUGUUUUAAAUUUAGCCCAUAGGCUAAAAGUAAAACCAAAUGGAAGACUAUCUAAAAUGUAUAGAAUUACAAUACCCUCAAUGCAACAAAUAUAGAAUUUUCACUUUUUAUAUAUACUUACUGCAUCAAAACUGAAACUACAUAUAAACUAAUAAAUAAUUUAUUAACAAAUUAAUUUAAUUAAACUCUAAUUAAACACAUCAUUAGUUCAUUAACAGAAAAUAAACACCAAAACAAAACAAAUAACAUAACCUCAAACAGUUUUCAUGAAGAACUAUUGCACUUAUUGAGAAAAACGAACAAAAAUCCCUUAAUUAACACGUUUCUUCAACUAAAUAUCUAAAUGAAAAGUCUUAUUUUACCAAACAAAGCACGUAAACAAUAAGGGAAAAGUUUCUUGACAAUUUAACGUUAUAAACGAAAUCGUUUGGAGUUGGAGUCAAAGUUAAUAAGCUCCUCUCAAUUUUGUGACGUCAGACUUAGGCUAUCAAACGAAAACGUGUUUUUAAACGUAUUUUAACGUCAUUAAUCUUACGUAUUUAAAAUCACCUACAAAAGACGUUUCUACGACGUAAUGUUCAAACACGUGUAUAUAUUCAACCAAAAACUGACGUUUCCUCGACGUUAUUGACGUCACUUGGUUGCCUGGGAUAUAAAUCACGCUGUUACUAAAAUAUACUAUUUAAAUGUAAAACAGCCAAAAAAUCUUCAUAGCUAUAUUGAUUGCCUUCAGCAUCAAUUUUUUUAAUGUGUGCUCUAUUUUAUGAUGAAUUUAUAUUAAUCAUCAAGCUGUGUGAUUUAAUUGAACCAAAAGUGAUCAGAGCUUGUUCACUGUUUAAGUGAUCAAGUCAGAGACUGAUUUUUAUGCAAGGUAACCAAGAUAUUUAUAAAAAAUAUUAUAUACUAAUUUUACUGCAAAGGAAUUUAUCGUAUUUUUAAUAUGUAUUUUCAAAUAAGUUUUAUCAAUAAUGUGUUCUAUUUUAUACACCAAUAAAGUUUUUACAUACAA